AUGGAAACCCCUGGCGGCAUCAGAAAAACCUUCCUCACCUGGUCCAAGAUCCCAGCAGCCUUCCUCCUCCUCUUCCUCUUCGUGUGUUCGCUGGACAUCCUCAGCUCAGCCUUCCAGUUGGUGGGGGGUAAGGUGGCAGGGGACAUCUUCCAGGACAGCGCAGUGCUGUCUAACCCAGUAGCAGGGCUGGUGGUGGGCAUCCUGGUCACCGUGCUGGUCCAGAGUUCCUCCACCUCCACCUCCAUCAUCGUCAGCAUGGUCUCCUCUGGAUUACUGAAAGUACAGUCUGCUAUUCCCAUCAUCAUGGGCUCCAACAUCGGGACGUCAGUCACCAACACUAUCGUGGCCAUGAUGCAGGCAGGGGAGAGGAGCCAGUUUCAACGAGCAUUCGCUGGAGCCACGGUGCACGACUGCUUCAAUUGGCUGUCCGUGCUGAUGCUGCUGCCUCUGGAGGCCUUCACCGGUCUGAUUGGCUGGCUGGCCCUCAACCUGGUCAGCAGGCUCCGCCUCCAGACCGGCGAGGACGCGCCUGAGCUGCUGAAGGUGCUCACAGAACCAGUCACCAAGCUCCUCAUUCAGCUGGACAAGCGUGUGAUCCUGGGUAUCGCCAUGGGAGACCAGGGGAUGAGGAACCACAGCCUGGUGAAAAAGUGGUGUCACUCUGACCUAGUGACGUCCUUGGUGAACACAAGUGUUAGCAGUGUGGCCAACUGUAGCUCCAUCUACCCUUGCUGGCAGGAUGGUGACACAAUAUGGAUCCCUCAGAAUGUCACCACUGAGGUCAACGUCCAGAGAUGCAGGCACCUGUUCGUGGACACCCAGCUGUCAGACCUGUCUGUGGGGCUGAUUCUCCUGGCAGGCUCCCUGGCUGUGCUCUGCGCCUGUUUGGUGCUCCUGGUCAAGCUGCUCAACUCCCUCCUCCAAGGUCAAGUGGCCAAGGUCAUCCAGAAGGUCAUCAACACAGACCUCCCAUCUCCAUGUGGCUGGCUGGCAGGGUACCUGGCCAUGUGUGUGGGUGCAGGGGUAACCUUCCUGGUCCAGAGCAGCUCUGUCUUCACCUCCGCCCUCACACCACUCAUAGGUGUGGGUGUGAUCAGUCUGGAGAGGGCGUACCCACUGACUCUGGGCUCCAACAUCGGCACCACCACCACAGCCCUGCUAGCUGCCCUGGCCAGCCCGGGAGACAAGCUGGCUGCAGCUAUACAGAUUGCCUUGUGUCACUUCAUCUUCAACAUCCUGGGCAUUCUGCUGUGGUACCCGGUUCCCUCCCUGCGCUUCCCCAUCAGGAUGGCUCGCACCCUGGGUGAGCGCACCGCCAAGUACCGCUGGUUCGCCGUGCUGUACCUGCUGGUCUGCUUCCUGCUGCUGCCCUCGCUGGUCCUGGGCCUCUCGCUGGCCGGCUGGCAGGUGAUGGUGGGCGUGGGCGGCCCCUUCCUGGGUGUGACCGUCUUCAUCGCCAUGGUAAACGUGAUGCAGGUUCACAGCCCUGGGUUCCUCCCUGCGCGCCUGCAGACCUGGGACUUCCUGCCCAGCUGCAUGCACUCCCUCAAGCCCCUCGACCGCCUCAUCACCAAGGCAACCGUCCGCUGCAAGCCCACCAUGGCAACGGAGGUCGGAGACGGGGACCAACAGGCGGUGGUGACCGUUGUCACCACGGCGACCCCUGACGACCCCAAGACGGCGUCAGCCCAGAGGAAGGCGGAGCUGGCCUUUGACAACCCAGCUCUGGCCUACCUGGAUGAGACGCCCACGGGAGCUCCAGUGUUCAGACUGAGGGGGCUGGAGAGGUGCAACAGCACCCCCCUGUAG